GCGGGGGGGGCGAGCCAUGGAGCCGCGGCUGUGAGGAGCCUCCCCCGGCCCGGGCCCCCGCCUGUGGGAAGCCGCCGGGCCGAGGCCGGAGCCGGAGGACAUGGACAAACUGACCAUCAUCUCAGGAUGCCUCUUCUUGGCCGCGGACAUCUUCGCCAUCGCCAGCCUGGCCAACCCGGACUGGAUCAACACCGGCGAGUCGGCGGGUGCUCUCACCGUUGGCCUUGUGCGACAGUGUCAAACCAUCCACGGACGUGACAGGACCUGCAUCCCUCCCCGGCUGCCCCCAGAGUGGAUCACCACCUUAUUUUUCAUCAUCAUGGGCAUCAUUUCCCUGACUGUCACAUGCGGCUUGUUAGUGGCUUCCCACUGGCGGAGAGAAGCAACCAAGUAUGCCCGCUGGAUAGCGUUCACUGGAAUGAUCCUGUUCUGCAUGGCGGCCCUAAUAUUCCCGAUAGGUUUUUACAUCAACGAAGUGGGCGGCCAGCCUUAUAAACUGCCGAACAACACCGUGGUCGGGUCGUCCUACGUACUCUUUGUCUUAUCCAUUUUCUUUACAAUAGUCGGACUUCUAUUUGCUGGGAAAGUGUGCUUACCAGGCUGACGACCACCUACGCCAGCUUCACUCGGUCAUGAAGGAGAGCAGAGCGCACGGCGCAUUCUCGGGAGGGUGCCUACGUCGGGGCUGUCGUGGUCUUAUCGUCAACGAGGAGGUCUCUGAUGUUGGUCUCGCUAUGCACUUUGAUUAUUUUUUUAUUAAAAAAAACCAAGCUACGCGGAGAGCCUUUCCCACAAACCAAAUACAGCCGACUUUCACUCGUCCUCCUGAGCG